CUCUGCAGCUCACAAGAGUCAUGGAAACGCCGGCAUUAAGUUCCCUUUCCCUCCUCCUCCUCUUCUGCCUCCUGAUUGUCCAGUUUGUAAAGCUGCAAUGGAGAAAACGGCAAUUCCCUCCCGGACCGACACCUCUCCCCGUUAUCGGAUGCCUAUGGCAGCUGAAGUUUUUCAACGUCACUCGCGAGAGCCUGACCAAGGUGGCAAAAUCCUAUGGGGACAUCUAUACUGUAUGGUUUGGUCCUCACCCUGUGGUAGUUCUCGAUGGGUUCAAAGCUGUGAAAGACGGUCUCACCACCCACCCAGAAGAUGUAGUUGGCCGGCCAGUAGUCCCGUUUUUUAAAGCUCUGGCAAACAAUAAAGGUAUCUUGCUGUCAACGGGCAGUACAUGGAAGCACCAGAGGAAGUUCUCGCUGAUGACUCUGAAGACAUUGGGGCUAGGGAAGAGGACAUUGGAGUACCAGAUCCAAGAUGAAGCUUAUCACCUGGUGGAGAACUUCAGGAGCACUAGAGGGAAACCCAUGAAUCCGUCCUUCGCUCUGACCCUCGCCGUUUCCAACGUGAUUUGCGUCGUGGUGUUUGGGCAUCGCUUCUCCACCGAGGACAAAAAAUUUCACGAGCUCCUGGAAGCAAUGGAGGUCAUCUUCAAAUUUGCUGGCAGUCUCGGUCAUAACAUUUAUAAUGUCAUGCCCUGGCUUAUGAAGUGUAUCCCAGGACCUCACAAGAAGGCGUUGACUGCCCGAGACUUUGUGUGCUCGUUCAUAAGGAAGGAGAUCAGCAAGCACCAGAUUGCAGGAGUCCCAGAUGAUCCUCAAGAUUUCAUUUAUAGUUACCUUGCUCAGAUAGAGAAAACGAAAGACCAGCCCAAACCAGCCUACGAUGAAAGUAACAUGAUCCAGUGUAUAUUUGACCUCUUCUUGGGUGGAACAGAGACAUCCAGCACCACCCUCUACUGGGGAUUUCUGUAUAUGGUGCUUUAUCCAGACAUCCAAGCGAACAUCCAGAAGGAGAUUGAUGCGGUUGUGGCUCCCGGUCAAAUGAUCAGCGGCGACGAUCGCAAGAAGCUGCCCUACACCAACGCCGUGAUCCAUGAGGUCCAGCGCUUCAGCAACAUCAUUUCGGUUGGGUUGCCCAGGUUAUGUGUGAAGGACACCAUGAUUCGACAGUUUACCAUUAAGAGGGGCACCAUGAUCUUUCCAAACAUGGCCUCCGCCUUGUAUGAUCCCAACGAAUGGGCGACGCCCGAAAGCUUCAACCCCAACCACUUCCUUGACAAGGAUGGAAAUUUCGUUUGUCCAGAAGCCUUCAUUCCAUUUUCUUUAGGGCAGCGAGUGUGCUUGGGAGAUCACCUGGCCAAGACAGAGAUGUUUCUUUUCUUCUCCAACCUCCUGCAGGCGUUCACUUUCCACUUGGCGGAAGGGACAAAAGAUGUCAACACAGAGCCCAUUUUGGGGGGCACUUUGCAGCCUCACUACUUUGAGAUCUGCGCUAUCCCUCGAUAGACCCGGCGUCUCAUGUCUCUUUGGAAAUCUACUUAGGAAAAGUUGCAAGGUGGCAACAUGGUGUACUGUUAACCCAAGGCCGCCACCUUCUGGUGUGGGGUUGCGUAGCUUCUUCAGAGUCCCGAGAAUAAAAACCUUUGUCGUGAGACAAGGAAUAAGUUUCUAGACCUCAUGAAUGCAAAGGAAAAGCCUGAAAAUACACAACAAUACCUGUCAAUAAGGUCUGAGUGCAGUGGUUGCCAAAGUGGGCAAUACCCCCACCCCCCAGGGGCAGGGGCAUUACCGGGGGGGCAGCACUA